UUUCAUUCUUCAUCAUUUACCUAGUCAUUUUUUACACCAUGUUCGUCCACACCCUCGUUCCUUUGCUCUUCUCCUCAGCGCUGGCGCUGCCCACCCUCACCACCCGCACCACCCAAGCCUCCACCGAACUCUGCGGCGACUACGACUACAUUAUCCUCCAGGAUGCCCCGUGGAUCGUCUAUAACAUGCUCUACAACGCCGACGAGAUCGUCGGCACCCAGUGCACGAACUACGGCGAGAUGACUACCUCUGCGAACGGCACGAAGGAGGUCAUCUGUAGUAGUGUUACGGAUAUUGAAUAUGUCGAGAGCACAAACAACGUCCCCAAAGGCUACUCCUUCGUCGGCCUCACCCAGAACCUAGAGACCAAGAUCUCCGCCAUCGAUUCCAUCCCCGCUGAGUACUCCUGGACGCGUACCAAUACCACCCCCUUCAAGGGAAAUAUCUGCUUCGACUUCAUGACCAACGACAUCAAAGGCGACUCGACCUCCUCGUCCUCGCACGAGCUCAUGCUCUGGCUCCAAUACGAAGGCGGACAACUCCCCAUCGGAUGGACGGAUGGUGCAGUCGCCACUAUCGAUGACCUGUUCGGUACGUCGUGGACGUUGUACGAGGGGGUGAAUGAUGAUAGUGGUAUUACGGUGAGUACCUUGAUGCCUGAGACGCAGUUUGAGGGUGUGUUUGAGGGUGAUUUGAAGGAGUGGUUGCUUGCGAUGGUGGAGUUGGGAAGGUUUACGGAGGGGACGUAUGUUAAUGUGGGGAAUGCGGGAACGGAGUUCUUUUAUGGUAACUCGGUGAUGAAUUCGACCCUAGGGUUGCAGAUUAAUUUGGAUUGAGCGAUCAGGGAGUUGGAUUGGGUGUUGGGUGGUGUGGAUGGUGGAUAGGUAGGAUGUACUGUAUUUGUACUGGCUGAAUGUAUGUACAUUGUGCUGCGGGGUUAAGGUAACG